CGUUUCGCAUUCUCUCUCUCCCCCUUGGCCAGUUGGUCCCUCUUCAUCUCCCCCUUCUGUCUCUCUUUCGCUCUCCCUUGUUUGCUUUUGCGAACCAGAAGCAUCGAGACAAGCAUCUCCCGCUCUCCUCUCUGCUGCUCCGACGAAGCAAACGUCUACACAAGUUGUGGCGCGAGUGCCGGUAGCCGUAUCCGCUCAUUCAUCCCACGGAGAGGAGCGCGGCCGGGGCGAGGCGGAGCGGCGAGUCCGUUGACCGGGGAGUUUGAUCUCUCGCGCGCGGCGGCGAUCGAUGAUGGGGUGUCCGCCGGCUGCGGGGCGGCGUCUCGCGGCGGCGGCGGCGCUUCUGUGCCUUCUCGUCGCGUCGUCGGCCUCGGCGGCGGAGCACAAGGCGCUGCUGCAGGCUGCGAAGGGUGAUGAGCUGCAAGGGCGGCGCCACCACCGGCACGCGUACGCGGCGAUGAUGUACAUGGGGACGCCGCGGGACUACGAGUUCUACGUGGCGGUGCGCGUGAUGAUGCGCUCCCUCGCCAGGGUCGGCGCCGACGCCGACCGCGUCCUCAUCGCCUCCGACGACGUGCCCCGCGACUGGGUCCGCGCAAUGAGGGAGGAGGAUGGCAUGAGGGUGGUGGUGGUGGAGAACCUGAAGAAUCCUUAUGAGGGCAACCUUGGAGGGAUGAACAGGAGGUUCAAGCUCACACUGAACAAGCUCUAUGCAUGGAGCCUGGUUGACUAUGAGCGUGUUGUCAUGAUCGAUUCCGACAACAUCUUCCUCCAGAACACCGAUGAGCUCUUCCAAUGCGGCCAGUUCUGUGCCGUUUUCAUCAACCCUUGCUACUUCCACACCGGUCUUUUCGUGCUCCAGCCUUCUAUGGAUGUAUUCAAUGGCAUGCUUCAUGACCUGGAAAUUGGCCGCGACAACUCUGAUGGUGCAGAUCAAGGCUUUCUGGUCGGUUGCUUCCCAGACUUGCUUGAUAAACCAUUGUUCCACCCUCCUGAGAAUGGUACCAAACUCAAUGGGACAUAUCGCCUUCCCCUCGGCUAUCAGAUGGAUGCAUCAUACUACUAUCUGAAGCUGCAUUGGCAUGUUCCAUGCGGGCCAAACAGCGUCAUCACAUUCCCCAGUGCCCCAUGGUUCAAACCUUGGUACUGGUGGUCCUGGCCAAUCUUGCCAUUGGGCCUUUCCUGGCAUAAGCAACGCUGGGAUGAUCUUGGUUAUGCUGCUGAAAUUCCGAUGGUCCUGAUGGAGCUAUUAAUGUACAUAGCGAUAAUAGCCAUCACCAAACUGGCAAGGCCGCAGAUGACAAAACUGUGCUAUAACCGGCGGCCUGAGAAACAAAGUGCCCUGGUGCAGGGGCUAAUCAAGCUGGCUGGGAUUGUGGCAUUGGUGGCUGCAUAUGCCAUCCCGUUCUUUGUUAUUCCAUGCACGGUUCACCCAAUCAUGGGGUGGUCCAUGUACCUGUUUGGUGUCCUCACCUUGUCGUUGGUUGUCAUCAAUGUAUUCCAGCUCCCUCCGCUUGCUGUCCUCACGGCCUGGCUUGGGAUUAUUGGGAUGCUCUUUGCUAUGGCAAAUCCAUGGUACCAUGAUGGCAUCACGAGGAUUCUGGCAGUCGUUGGGUAUGCAUUUUGCUCUGCACCAUUCUUGUGGGCAUCCAUCGUGAGGGUGUUGGACUCGUUGCAAACAAUGCUUGAGAGGGAUCCGUUCUUCCCCCGGCUUGGUGAACCAGCACAGGAGACUGAGUUCAGCAAGCUGUACUGAUUCUUUUGUAUAGGUUUGAGAUACUUCAUCAUCAUAUAUGAACAGCUGAUUCAGAUUGGCUGAUUCUUAGAUUCGUUCUGACGAUUUUGUCUCAGGCAAUGUACUUUGUAUCCAGUAAUCUAUAAACAUUGCCUGCAGCAACCAUGAUUGAUGCAGACACGGGAAAGAUAGAUCAGUUGUACUGAAUUGGAAAAGAUUCAAACUAUCAUUGAGCAAGUUAUUUUUCCUGUAUUCA